CUGAAAUCAGUUCACCUUCUAAGGCAGAAACGUUCUUUGAGACACUACUAUCUAACGCCAACAUGAAGUGGCUACUGCUGCUCUGCCUGUGUUUCUAUGCUGUCCAUUGUCAAGCCGAUUAUGACGAAUAUGACCUGCCCGAAAGCGCAGCAAACCCUCGCGGCCACCGUCCCUUGUCCAGAGGGAGUGAGACCUACACCCCCGCCCGUAACAACCCACCUCCCGUCAGCGGCGGCAGCCAAUACCGUGGGCGACCCACGGCGGCUCCCGCCAGAGGCAUGGCACAGGAGAAGGAUGAGCAACCGGAGGCUGGGGGGUGUACACAUGCCUCAGAACAAAUGGGGGUGCUGUGUCCUACCGGCUGUGAGCUGAAGACAGCCAUGCUGAAACAAGAGAGGAACGUGAAAGAUGAAGUGAAGAAGAUGCAGAAAGAUGUUGACGACCUGUCGAGAUCCUCGAACACCAUUUAUAACUACGUAGACGGCAUGUCCUCAGCGCUGAGAGAGAGACAACUAGUCAGCAAUGAGAAUGGUGACCUGGUGAGUCAGUACACGGACAGUCUGGAGUCCCAGCAUGCCUUUGCAAAGGAGGCUAUAGACACAGUCUUCCCCUCUAACAUUAGGAUUCUUCAAGGGGUCCUUGAGAAGAUCCGGUUGAAGAUUCAGAGAGUGGAGAAGGCCAUCCUGGCCCAGAGGGAAGAAUGCAAGGAGCCGUGCACUGUCUCCUGCCCCAUACCUGUUGUCUCUGGUAAGGAGUGUGAGGACAUCUUCAGGAAAGGAGGAAGGGAUUCUGGGAUGUAUCUGGUCCAGCCUGACUCCUUCUACCAGCCCUACAAGGUCUACUGUGACCAGACCACACAGAAAGGAGGCUGGACCACUAUUCAGAACAGGAAGGAUGGGUCUGUAGACUUUGGCCGGCGUUGGGACAACUACCGCAGCGGUUUCGGGAAUAUCGCCUUCGACGUCGGAAAGGGACAUUGCAACACUCCAGGGGAGUACUGGCUGGGUAACGACCGCAUCAGUCAGCUGACCAAGCAGGGACCCACUGAGGUCCUCAUGGAGAUGGAGGAUUGGUCUGGCAACAAGGUCCACGCCCAGUACAGAAAGUUUACCAUACAGGGCGAAACGUCCAACUACAUAUUGGCGAUCGAUGGGUAUUCAGGAACGGCCGGUAACGUGAUGCUGGACGGAGCUACAGGGCUGUAUGGAGAGAACCGGACCAUGACCAUCCACAAUGGAAUGAUGUUCAGCACCUACGACAGAGACAACGAUAACUGGACUCCAGGUGAUCCGUCCAAGCAGUGCUCCCGUGAGGACGGCGGUGGCUGGUGGUACAACAGGUGUCACUCAGCCAAUCCAAACGGCCGUUACUACUGGGGCGGGGCUUACACGCGGUACAUGGCAAAACACGGGACGGAUGACGGCAUGGUGUGGAUGAACUGGAAGGGAUCCUGGUACUCUCUCAAAGCCAUCUGCAUGAAGAUCAGGCCCUACUUCGCCUCGCGGUAGACACACAGACACACACAUGGACACACACACACGGGGGGACACACACAGACACACAUCGAGAGACACAGGAAGUGACUUUUAGUUGAAUCAGGUGUGUCAAAAAACAAAAGUUUACACCCCUUUCGGGACCCAGGACCAGGAGGGUUCAACUCUGACCCUACGAGGUCCGUAGCCUGCUGAUUUUCUGUUCUACCUGAUCAUGAACUGCACCCACCUGGUAGUCCCAGGUCUAAAUCAGCCCCUGAUUAGAGGGGAAUCACCCACCUGGUAGUCCCAGGUCUAAAUCAGCCCCUGAUUAGAGGGGAAUCACCCACCUGGUAGUCCCAGGUCUAAAUCAGCCCCUGAUUAGAGGGGAAUCACCCACCUGGUAGUCCCAGGUCUAAAUCAGCCCCUGAUUAGAGGGGAAUCACCCACCUGGUAGUCCCAGGUCUAAAUCAGCCCCUGAUUAGAGGGGAAUAAUGAAAACAAGCCACUGGCUCGGAGGCUGUACAUGUUCAUACUGUAUGUGAGAGCCAACAGAGAGCAGCACUCAGUUUCCCCCCUCAAUGUGUCAUAAUCUGAUCUAAAUCUCAAACACUAAAGGAAACGUAUAAUGACUUCAGUAGGGCUUUUCUAAGAGACACUACAGAGGAACAAAUGGUGCCUGACGCGAGAGAAAAACAGAUUAAAGGAUGUUGUUUCAAACCUGAACCUGAUGUCUUAUUUUUUUAAAUAAAGUUAAACAGAGAAAAGUCAAGUAAAAAUAGAAGUUUAAAAGAAGAUUUAAAAAAACAUGUUUUUGUCGCUGUGUGUCCCUGUGUGAUGUGAUGUGUGUGUGCUUUGGGACAGGUGUAUGUAUAUAUAUAUAUAUAUAUAUAUAUAUAUAUAUAUAUAUAUAUAUAUAUAUAUAUAUAUAUACUUGAACAGAGGACUGUCCCUUACGUUACUCAAUAAAAACAUAUUGUGGAACUUA